UAUUAAAAAAAGUAGAAGAGAAAGUCAUAAUAUAUUAUAGCAUUUUAAAACUCUUAUUAUUAUUAAAUUUAAGCAAAAUGGGACGACGUUCUAUUAAUACCACUAAAAGUGGUAAAUAUAUGAACCCAACAGAUCAAGCAAGAAAAGAAGCUAGAAAACAAGAAUUAAAGAAAAACAAGAAACAGAGGCAGAUGGUUAGAGCAGCAGUUUUAAAAGGAAAAGACCCCCAGCAAAUAUUAGAAGAAAUGGAAAAAAUCGACCAGAUGGAAUUUAACGUUAAUCAGCCGUCUCCAUUGAAUGAGAAAGUUCUGAAAGACAAGAGGAAAAAACUUAGAGAUACUUUAGAAAGAGUUCUUAGUAUGUAUUAUAAAGAUGAUCAAGAAAAAUGGUCAGAUUUGAAGAGAAAACAAAAUGAAUAUGAACAAAAGAGGAAUCAAUUAGUAACUUUCUAUGAAUCCGUUAAAAGUGCUCAACAAGUAACUGUAGACGAGAUUCCUUUACCUCAAUUGCCACAACAGCAGCCUGCAAUAGCAAAUAUUCCUGCUCAAAUUCCCCUACCCACAGCAGAAAGGAAACAGGAGCAUACUAUAUAUUCUAUAGCAACAGCCCUCAAGUUACAAGCAUUAGGCCAACCUGUUAGAGAACCACCAGGUUGUCCCCCUGGACCACCCCCUGACAUAAAUGAAGAGGGAGAAGUUGAGGAAUUCGGAGCUAAAUUAACUGAAGAAAUAAAAGAUUCAGACAUAGAAGGUGUUGAAAUAGAUGAACCAUCGACAGUAAAACCAACAUCAUUACAACAAAAAAUGGUUGCCCUUUCUGGUCAAAAUGUUGAUGAUUUUAUGAAAGAAAUGGAAACUGUACAGAAAAAAAUUGAGUUACAAAGAACCGAAGAUAGGACAAAGUUAACAGUGCAUAUUGAACCUUUAGUACCACCAGGUACAGAAAUACCCGUUAUUCCUUCUCAAGCUCCUACUGCCCCACCACCACAUCUGUUUCCUGGUAAUAUCAGAUUACCUCCUGGUCCACCUCCUGGAAGACCACUAAUGCCUCCAGGACCACCACCAGGUUUACCACCUCGUUUACCAAUAAGGCUGCCACAAGUUGCUCCAAGAAUUAUUAGAUUACCUGGACCACCACAAAUUAUGCAACCGAAUGUUUUAUCAGCAGCGCCUCAACUCAUUAAUAGAUCCGAUUCCAAUAAACAUGGUACAACAAUUUCAGCCAAACCACAAAUUAGGAACCUUAGCGCUGACGUCACUAGAUUCGUUCCUUCGGCAUUAAGAGUUAAAAGAGAGGAUAAGAAGCCAUCCAAGAAUCCCAGUAUUCUUGCUAGAGAAAUGAAACAAAAAGAAUUCAAUAUGCACCAGAACGCUUUAGCUGGACAUACAAAAGACGAUGCUUACAAACAAUUUAUGCAAGAGAUGGAGAAUUUAUUGUAAUUAUCUCAUAUUCUGAGAGUGUAUUAUGAAAUAUAUACAUAAAAUUUA